AUGCCUGUGGUGAUCGGCUUUGAGGGGAGCGCCAACAAGAUUGGCGUGGGGAUCGUGCAGGAUGGCGAAGUCCUCAGCAACCCCCGGCGGACAUAUGUCACCCCUCCAGGGCAAGGUCCAGGCAUGGGUGCCCCAUUGGUGACGGUGGCUGUGGUAGCCCGUACGGUGGCUCAGCUGUGGGGGAAGCCUCUACUGGGGGUGAACCACUGCGUGGGGCACAUUGAGAUGGGGCGGUUGGUGACGGGUGCCCAGAAUCCGACAGUGUUGUACGUUAGCGGCGGGAACACUCAGGUCAUUGCAUAUUCAGAGCAUCGCUACCGUAUAUUUGGAGAGACCAUAGACAUCGCUGUCGGCAACUGUCUGGACCGCUUUGCCCGCGUGCUGAAGAUCUCGAAUGACCCCAGCCCAGGCUACAACAUCGAACAGAUGGCCAAGAAGGGUCAGAAGCUGGUGGAACUUCCGUAUACGGUGAAAGGCAUGGACGUCUCUUUCUCUGGCAUCCUGUCCCACAUAGAGGACGUGGCCCACAGGAUGCUGGCUGCAGGGGAGUGCACGGCGGAGGACCUCUGCUUCUCCCUACAGGAGACAGUGUUUGCGAUGCUGGUGGAAAUCACAGAGCGGGCCAUGGCGCACACUGGCUCCCGUGAGGCACUGAUCGUGGGCGGAGUCGGCUGUAAUGAGCGGCUGCAGGAGAUGAUGGGCAUCAUGUGCCGGGAAAGAGGAGCAAAACUCUUUGCUACAGAUGAGAGGUUCUGUAUUGAUAAUGGAGCCAUGAUCGCACAAGCCGGCUGGGAGAUGUUCCAGUCAGGGCAAAUUACACCGCUUGAAGAUUCAUGGAUUACACAGAGGUAUCGUACCGAUGAAGUGGAGGUGGCGUGGCGGGAUUGACCCCUUCCCUUCUGCCCGGGAGCCACCCCCGUCUCAGCUGGAAGGGGGCAGCAGUGCGAACAUUUGAGCGAAUGAUUGGAACCCCGGUGGUUAUUCGCUGGGGCACAAAUCCCACCUGGAAUAAAUGGUUUGGUUUUUUGAGCCUUGUCGGAUUGUUCCUACCCUGAGAUAAGAAGAGAUGUGGUGUGCACGUAAAGACAAAUCUUGGGUGGGAUCGGUCGUCUCUGGUUUUCCGAAGGUGAACGGGUGGCGAAGAAGAAGCCUGCGCAGUUCCUCUGUGCCACUCUGCCUCUCUUCCUGGCUUUGCAAAAUGGGAAUAGCACACAGGCUCUCUUCGCCUGAUUCAAGGAUUUCUUUGCCGUGCUCCUCUCCCUGGGAUUGCAGGACGUCUUCCCUUCUUUGCUCUGGUCCUUAAGGACAGAACUACUCGAGGACUAUACUCUACUGGGCCUGGCCAUUUAUUUUGCUUCUGCAGAAAAGUUUCACCCAAGCUCAGAACAUGAGAGGACCGCAGAGGAGUCCUAGUACGGAAGAGGCAAAGUUUUUAAAUUAAAGAGUUGCA